UCCCUUGGGCAUGACCGGGUCUGGGUUUGAUUGCCAAGAUGUGGACGAGUGUAAUGAAAAUUCAACUUUACCUCAUAACUGCAGCCUUCUCGCCAUGUGCAACAACACAGAGGGCUCCUACAUUUGCAAGUGCAUGGAGGGAUAUCUGGGAGAUGGGUUUACUUGUGAGGAUGUGGAUGAGUGCUUGUCACCUUCAAUCUGCAGGAACAACAUGACCUGCCAAAACUUUCCUGGAACAUAUACCUGCACAUGCACCGUUGGUCUGGUUUAUGAUCUGGGUACCUGCGUGAAUGAGAAAGACUGGAAAGCACAGUGCCCAAAUGCCUCCAACUGCCAAAACACAGUGGGAUGGUAUUUUUGUGAAUGCUGGGAUGGGUAUACAGGUAAUCAGACAGUCUGUGAGGAUGUUGAUGAAUGCCUGAACAAUUCUGCAUGUUCAGACCACAGUAUCUGCGUCAAUACUGAAGAGUGUCAAGACAUUGAUGAAUGUCUGGCAGAUGAAAGUCCCUGCACUGCCAACGCUGUAUGUGUAAACUCAGCAGGGUCUUUCCAGUGUCCAUGCGCAUCUGGUUUUGAGGCUCAGGGCCCAAAGUGUAUAGAUAUCAAUGAAUGCCUUUCGAACAGAACUUGUCGUCUCGAUCAGGUGUGCAUCAAUAAACUUGGAUCAUACCGGUGCUCCUGUCCACUGGGACAUCAUGAGGAAAAUGGUACCUGCAUAGACAACAAUGAAUGUGCAAAUAACACAACCUGCCACCCCUUGGCAAGAUGCUGGAACACAGUGGGGUCUUUCACAUGCCAGUGUCGCUUAGGUUACGCUGGGAAUGGGACGUUUUGUAAAGACAUUGAUGAGUGUUCCACAUCGUCCUUACGUUGCCACAAGUCAAGCCAAUGCAUCAAUACCCCUGGGUCAUAUAUAUGUGUAUGUGCACCAGGUCUUAUUGCAUUAGGGUCUCUUUGUGUGGAUCUAGAUGAAUGUCAGUCCAAUAACGGCUUGGUGCAGUUCCAGUCGGUCAGUGAGAAUGAGAAACUGUUGCUCCCUGCUCCAAUCCCAGGGGGAUUCCAUGGUAAUGAGGGUCUUCCCAUGUUGGCAGUGUUUUGGGAUGAUGCUGACCUUACCCUCGGGGAUGGAAAACUGCUAUACCAGGAAUACAGUCUGCUCAAUAUAUCUGACAUCUACGCUGAUACAGUAUUUAACCGAACAGCACAAGAUGUUAGCAGAUUUGAGACUCAAAGGGGCAACCCCCCCUUUACUCCAUUCUGGAUAGUGAAAAUCACAUGGGAUCACGUUUUGCCUGUGUCCUAUCAAAAGAUCAACUUGUCUGAGACCAACACCUUCCAGUGCAUUCUGACCACAGAUGGACUACGUUCAUUUGCUCUGCUCCGCUACAGUGACAUGAACUGGGGUCCAGGACAGAGGACCGAUCAUAAUGCUCUUAUAGGCUACACUGAUGGCAAGAAUAACUUCCAUAAUGAGAUUCCAAAGCCACCGAACAACCUGUUUGGCCCAGGAGGGCGCUAUCGUCCCCAGACUGUCACUGGUAACACAGGCAAACUGGGGCAGCUGGUGUAUGACCUGACAGGAUCUAAUGAAAUCAGCUCGGAUCCUCAGAGGCAAUGCCAGAUAUGGGCCUCCAAUGAGCCGGAUCCUAAAGAAUGGGCAUUAGGAGUGGCAUCAUGUCCAUGUACCCGUGUUCAGGCACAGGAGGACUUGGCCUUUGGCCCUGAGACUCUACCAUCAGAACAGAUGGCACAUGUGAGGGAUCUGAGAGCUCUUAGAUGGGGUGGUAGCAGGGGCCGUGUCUUUCAGUCCAUCCUCUUUAACAAACAAAAGGCAGGAAAGAGAUGUGUGUAUGAUCCAGAGGGCCCCCUGCUGGCUGGAUACAGCGAACGGUUCUUUACUGAGGACAAGACACAACAACAUAUAGACAAGGAUUUAUUACCCUUCCAGUGGUGCUGUGUUCAAUCCCCUCUUUGUAAUGUCUACUUGGCAAAGAGACCACUAGAUCGGUGCCAAGGGUAUAGCUGGGACAGCUUUGACAGCAGUAUACCUGGGAACAGGGGAGCGCCAGGCAUUGGCAUGGUAUACGGUAGUCUUCAUUUUAUCACUUUUGACGGAAGUGAGUAUACCUUCAAAGCCUUGGGGGAGUAUGUUAUAGUUCGUCUUUCCACCAGCACGGGAUCAAACAUCUUCACCCUCCAGGGACAAACAGCUGCUCUAGUGGUCAACGGGCAGCCCAAACUUGUGCCUGCUCUGGUACGAGUAGCUGCCUUCUAUCAGGGUGCUGGAAAGGUGGAGUGGCGAUGUGCUGAAUCUGGAGAUGGUCUUAAGGUCUUGGUUAAUGAUGUGGUCAUUCCUGUGUCUGUUGGAGUGGUGCAUGUAGAGGAGAAAGGCUUUGCAGUGCGCUGUACCUCUAUGAGUCGCUGUGCGGUGGUGUAUGGCGAGGGCCUGUACGUGGUCGUGUGGAGAGGCGAUGCUGGAAGGCUGACCGCUCUGGUGGAGGUUCCUCAGAGGUUCUACAACCGUACACUGGGUUUGCUAGGCCACUGGAACUCCAACAGGACAGAUGACUUCCUGCUUUCCAAUGGCCGUCUGGUGCCUCUUCUAAAUAACAACAUCCCCUCUGAACAGAGUCUGCUUCCCUUUGGACAGUCAUGGGCUGUUCCUGUUCCAGAAAGUCUUCUGUUCUCAGAGCCUCCUAGUGCUCCAUUCAGUCCUGUCACGACAGAGCAACUGAUGUCCUCAGUGAGCCCAGACAUGCUGGCCAAACACAGUCAGACCUGCCAGAACAGCAUGCAGUGUGUACAUGACAUCCUAGCCACGGGAAACACAAACCUCGGCCAGGAUGUUCUGAAAGACCAGCAGCAACUUCAGAACCGAAUUCAAAUUUACGGUAACAUGCCACCCAUUGUGACAGAGCCCACUGUUAUCAUGUGUAAGGUCAAUAGUACAGUUAGAGUUCAGUUCAAAGCCCAGGAUCCAAACAAAGACCAAAUCACCUUCUCCCUGGCCUCUACACGCUCCCCACGGGUCACCAUCGGCAGCAGUGAUGGUAUCCUAGUGUGGUCUCCUUCCAGUAUUCAGCCAGUGAAUCUGACCAUUCAAGUGAGUGAUCAAACAUCCAGCUCCUUGAUCACCCCUGUUCUGCAGCUCUGUAACUGUGUGAAUGGAGGAAGCUGCCAAUACAACAGCGUGGCUGAGAACCUUCUGCUGGGAAAGUUUCAGGUUGUGGGAUGUCUUUGUCCACCGGGUUUCAGUGGCAAGUACUGUGAUAACAGAACAGAUGUGUGUAAAGGCAAACCCUGCUUUCCCGGUGUGGAAUGCAUCAGACAAAAAGAAGCAGACCUCUUCACAUGUGGACAGUGCCCUCCUCCGACUGUUUACAAGGACAAACAAGGAUACAAGUGCUUUGAAAAUGAUUUCUGCCUCCCUCCGUUCCCCUUCCCCUGCCAUGAGAUGGCAGACUGCACCAGCACUGGCUACAACUACACCUGUAAAUGUAAGCGUGGCUACGCUGGCAAUGGAAAAGAGUGCACAGAUAUUAAUGAGUGUCUGGACCCCUCAGCCUGUCCCAAUGCUAAGUUUGAAUGCAUGAACUUACCAGGAUCAGUGCGGUGCUCAUGCCGUUAUCAGAACACCAGAGACACUGACGGCUGUGGUGAAUCUGCCAAUCCUACAGGGUGGAAUGUUUUUAAUGUGUCCAUGGGCUGGGGAAAUCAGGAGUCUGGACAGGGACUGAGUCAGCUGGAGAAGAUCCUGUCAAUGGGUUUCCAGAACAAGUUCUACAACGCCAGUGCUAUAGCUCCUGAUUCAGCAUCAGCAGACGGGAUGAAUGAGUACAGGAUCAAUGUGUCCAGCGACACGCCGCACUGGUAUGUCAUGGACUACCUUACCAGAGUCAGUCAGUACUACGGCAUCCGUUCAGCCUAUGUGGAGGACCUUGAUGAAUGCAAGACAAAUGAGGCUCCAUGUUCAAAAACAGCCCAGUGUGUAAACACCUACGGUGGCUACAGGUGUGUGUGCAAUGGCACUGAUCUAAAGAAGGAAUCACAGUCAUGCACUAAAGACUGGAACAGUGUUAACAGCACAGACCAGUCCGGUGCUAAGACUAUGGAGGAUAAGAAGUCAUUAAUUUUGGGGCUAGUCCUGGGCAUCGGUAUCCCCCUCCUGCUGCUGCUGUUGUUGGCAGCUCUUGCCUGCUUCUGCUGCUGCUCCCGAAAGAAAACCAUCACUGGGGAUAUUCCUCACCUGCUGCCCGAGUACAUUCAGGAGCAGUUCAACCCUCCGUUCAACUUUGACGACCCCUCCCUGCAAUAUAUCACCCAUUGCAGCCCACGUAUUCUUGAUAACCUCACACCACAUCAGAAGCGCCGGUAUCGAUAACACGGGCCCAGUACACUUGUAUUGUCUGGUUCAUCCAGCAUCAAUGCAGAUGCAGUACAUUUGUGUUUAAAGGAAAUCCCAAUAUGAUAUUAUUUAUAUUGAAAAAAGAGACUGCUGACUUUUAAAGUCCUCUGUGAGAGUGAAAGAGUGCCAACCACAUGCAGAAGAAACAUGAAGUGAUCUGUGAGCAACAAGCUCUGCUGAAUUAUUACCUCAGUUGAAGAUAAUAAUUCAAAAAAUAAUAUAUCCAAAGUUCUUACCAAAAUUAUCAACUGACACAUAAGUUGCACUUAUGUAGAAGCUACAGUUUUUACGGAUAUUCAAAUAAGAGGAGAAACAUCUGAACACCAGUGGCAGGUAUUGCUAGAAGUACGGAUACAUUUAGAGAAAAAUAAGCCUGUUUUUGGACCAUUCCGAUUUUUAAAACGUCUGGAUGCAUUAUAGUAAUAAGAAGUGCGGUAAAAUGUGUUUUAAUCCCAUUAAAUGUCAAAUGGCUAAUAAUUAAUUUGUUCCCUUUAUUUUGGGGAUUAAAUAUGAUAUUUUUAUGUGAUUCUGUUACAGAAUGUGAAAUAAUGUUCAGUAAUAUCUUGCACAUAAGUGAAAGAUCUUAUAUGUAUUUCUGGUCAAAAUUUGCCUGUUGAAAGCAAAGCAACUUAAUGUAUGCAUGUUAUGUAUAAGCAAACAUAUGGCAUCAUCAAACCCACUUAAAUAUUGUAAAAAUACUUUGUAUUGGUUAUAUUUGUAUGCCCACUAGUACUUUUACUUAAAUAAAAUAAAAAAAUAAAAAAUUAA